AUGGACGCAGCAGAGCCGCUCACUUCGCCUUUGGACUACUUGGAUACAGCUCCUGAUUUUGGCUCACAUGCAUUUGAAGAUACGGUGGCAGGGUCGCCCGUGUUUGGUCACGUAGGCACAGCUCUCACGCGCACCCAGUCUGAACUAUUCCCUUCGGAUCUGCCGACGAGCUUUAAAUCGGACAUUAGUGUACCAAGCCCGUUACAAAUGAGCUUAUCAACAAUGCAUCCUGAUGAUUUCACCGUCAGUCUCGAUGGCAGCUCGUCAAAUACCAGUUCGAGUUCUCAUGCCAGCUUCAACAAGCUGGCAAAGGAUAUGACACCACUGACUUUAGCACACCCCCUGGGCCUGAGCAGCGGAGAUUCUGACAGCGAACAUGGAGAACAUGCGUUUCUACGCGAUACUACAGCGGAUAAGCGGGAUAAUAGCGCAUCGAGCGAUACAACAAAGCAUGCGUCGCCACCUUGCACACCCCUACAGACAGGGUCCUCGCUGCCAGGCAUUAUGCCGGGGCAUGUUACAAAUGCCUCUCCGACACAAGAUUCCGUGCAGCAGAUGCAACAUCUGCGUUUGAACUCGCUUCAGUCCAGUCCCAUGUCGAUGAAAUUCCCAGACAUGUGGUCAGAGGCUCACACCCAAGCACCCAUCAUGUCGCCGAUACGCAAUCUGAUCCCGCCGAGCUGGUCAAUGCUUGGUUUGCAGCCGGGUACACCCAGUCCUUUCACACCGCUUGGCUUGCAAGACAGUUCUAUAUUCGGUAUUCCAGGUGUGCAGCCCGGUGCAUACCAGCCAUUUGUGGACCCCUCGAGUACGCAAACACCCACCAUGUCCCCCCGUGACUCUGUGGCAUCAGAGCGAGGCUUUUGGGCACCCGUUGCCUCGGCUCAAGGCCCCACGUCGAUCAUGCAGACAUCUGCAUCAAUGAUGCCAUCGACCCAUACAAAGAACAUGUCGCCCGGUCGCCGGCGCUCAGCUAUGGCGGGCAUGCCUCGCAAGGCCCAGAGCACGCCGCACUUCCAGAAGGUCAGUUAUGAAGCAACGCCGCUGGCCUCUACGCCCCACUCCCCCUCCAAGUCGCGCUCAAACCCCAAGACAGUGCGUCGUCUUACGAGUCAGAAGCGCAUGUCCGUGCAACCCACGGCCACAGCCCCAGAACCGACGAAGAUGCAACCUGGGCGCCUGCGUAUGCGCGGUUCUAUGGCGGCGCUGCGAGAGGCAAAUGCGAUGCAGACUUCGUCCAAGAGUUCUCCAGCCACCCAGCGCAAGCCUAUCACGCUGAGCUUUGUCAAUUAUGGUAUUGAACAUGCCGAAGAGCUCUGCUCUGCUGUCGCACCGAGUGGGAGCUACAAAGUACCAUUGCGUGGCUUCAAGGACUCGGACGACGAGGGUGAGUCGCAGUCAGCCACGCCACCCGCCACACAAUCUUCUGCCAGUGCGUCCGGAGAGUCGCAGACACCACACAGUGGCUAUGCGAGUCAUCAGCCAGGGACCUCUAAAGAAACCUCGGCACGACAUGAACCUAAACUGCGCCGAGCCACAACUAAUCUCCGCGACUUUGUCGCUCAUAGCACGCAUACGAUGACAUGA